AUGCAGUUACAUGCAUAUGACUCAUCUAGGAGCUAUAAAGAGAAGGUGAAAUUUUAUCAUGAUAAAAAGCUGAUAAAGAGAGUCUUCACUCUAGGACAGCAGGUGCUAUUAUUUAAUUCACGGUUGAAGUUAUUUCCUGGGAAGUUGAAAUCAAAAUGGUCGGGACCUUUUGUGAUAAAGCGUGUAUACCCAAACAGAGCUGUGGAAUUGGAGACUUCAGAUAAGGAUAAUCAGCAGAGAAGUUGGGUGGUAAAUGGUCAGAGGCUCAAACAUUAUUUGGGAGGAGAAGUGGAGCAAUUCUCCAUGGUACUGAUGUUGGUGGAUCCAUGA